UAAAAUUCGAGUUUUGAGAGGUGGUGAGAUAAAAGAUUACGUUCAUUUCGAAGAAGGGAGGAGGAAGAAAGAUGGUGUGGUCUCGGAGGUCCGCUCAGGUGUCCCCGGGUGACGACGAAGAGAAAAUUGUACGGGAGACGAGGUCUCAGGGACAGAACUCAAGGAGACUUGAGGAAACAAUGGAGGGAAAGAGGAGGAAGCGUAAGAUGGUGAGGCUGUACGAAGAGUCUGACGGCGACGAGGAAGAGAAGGAGAAAAAUGACGAGGAUGAGAAGGAAGGAGGAGAGAAGCUCCAUGGGGCGAAACCGGUUGGUGAGCCGGUUAAAGUUAGGGGUAAAGGCAAAGGGAGAAGAACCCAUUACAGGCAGUUCGAGCACGGCGGUUACAGAUACCAACUGGAGGAUUCGGUGCUCUUGUAUCAAGAAGACAAUAGUCUAAAGCCUUAUGUUGCCAUUAUCAAGGAUAUUACCCAAAAAAAAGAUGGACGCAUGAUGAUUCUGGGACAGUGGUUUUAUCGUCGAGAAGAAGCAAAGAAAAAGGGUGGUGGAAACUGGGAAGCAAAUGAUACACGAGAACUGUUCUACAGUUUCCAUUUUGAUGAGGCCCCCGCAGAAUCUGUGAUGCAUAGAUGUGUGGUGUAUUUUGUUCCAGCUCAUAAGCAACUUCCGAAACGCAGAGAUAACCCUGGUUUUAUCGUGCAAAAGGUGUAUGAUACCGAUGAAAAGACGCUGUGGGAAUUGACUGAUAAGGUUUAUGAAGUUUCAAAACAACAUGAAAUUGACCUCCUUGUGGAAAAGUCAAUGUCGAGACUGGGUGAUCUUCCUGACCUUGAAACUGAGGAACGUGUAGAGAUGGCUAAAAGAUCUUCCCGGAAAGUAAACAUACCUCCUGUUGAUGUUAGAAAGGAGGAAGAUGAGUACCAUUUGAUCCUACGCAAGUUUGAUUCACUAACAGGUGAUGCUCAUCGUAACAAAUGUUUAGCUAAGCUUCUGAAAGCAGUCCACAACAUAUGCUCCAACGCUGGUGAUGAAGGAAAUUUGGGUUCAGCUGGAUCCCAUCUUGAACAGGCUGAGAAUGGAUCUCACGAUAAUCCGUUAAAGAAUGAGAGUUUUCUCUGGCCAGAUGGUGCUGUUCCUCGGGUUUGUGCUCUUGAGUUGGCUUUACAU